AUGUCUAAUUGCACAAUUAUUGCCAACUUUAUAUCUUGGAAUCUAUUAGCUGAAAAUAUAGAAAAGUAUUUACCUAUUGAAAUGAAGAUACACUUGUCAUCGGUAGAAAGCAAUUUAAAAACAUCCAUUGAAGAUAAAAUGAUUCCAUCGAUAAAAUGGAUAAAAAAUUCGUUAAUAGUAGUUGAAGCUUGUAUGGAUAAAACGUGGGAAGUAUUAAAUUCUGGUCACUGGCAAUUUGUUCCAAUUGAAUACCGAUACUGUUACACCUUAUGUACUAUCUUAAAGGCAGUUCUAUUGGAGCUUCAGUACAAUAAUGAUACUAAACAAUUUACAAAAAAUACAAUUUUGUUGAGGAACAUUAUUCAACAGAUUGAUAAAGGUAUUCUAUUAGGAGCACCACUUCCAAAUGUAAUUGAUUUAUUACCAAAAGUUGCUUCAAUGUUGAAUAGCUGUAUCACAGAGUCAUUGGGAGAGUUAGAUGUAGAAGAAUUAAUUAUCGAUUCUGAAAGUUUAUAUAAUUUUAUAUUGCCGGGAUUUACUGAAAUUGUUCAGUAUGUUGAACCUUCGAUGGAAUUAUUUUACACAAAAAUAUUUAUGCCAAAAGUACCAGCAAUAAUGAAAGGUUGUAUCAAACAUUGGAAAGCUCUAGAGCAGUGGAAAGAUCUAAAGUAUUUAAUUAGCGUAGCUGGAAGUAGAACGGUUCCUAUUGAAAUUGGUUCACGUUAUACCGAUGAAAAUUGGUCACAGCAACUUCUUAGUUUUUCAGAAUUUCUACAAAAAUAUGUAUUAACGAAAGGUGACCAAGUUGGUUACUUAGCUCAACAUCAAUUAUUUGAACAGAUUCCUGAAUUGAAAGAUGAUUUUACAAUUCCUGAAUAUUGUAACUUUACAGACAGUGAUGAUGUGGAACAACCAGAUAUAAAUGCUUGGUUUGGACCUAGUGGAACUGUUUCACCUCUACAUUUUGAUCCUAAAAAUAAUCUUUUGUGCCAAAUAUUUGGACAUAAACGAGUCAUUUUAUACCAUCCAAAUGAUUCAUCUAAUUUGUAUCCAUAUGAUACAAGAUUAUUGAAUAACACUGCACAAGUUGAUCCUUUGAAUCCAAAUUACGAGAAAUGGCCCAAUUUUAGCAAAGCUAAAGGUUUGAUGACCUAUUUGAGACCUGGAGAAGUACUUUACAUUCCUCCAAAAUGGUGGCAUCACGUAACUUCUUUGACUCCAAGUUUUUCAAUUAGUUUCUGGUGGAGUUAAGUACGAAAGAAUAUAUUUAUAAAUUAUUAACGUGCUUGUAAUGCUCUCCAUGUACAAUGAUUUACUAAAGUAUUUGAAAGUUUUAAUAAAUAAGUUUUAAGAAAUAUAUAUGUAUGUUAAAUUGAAGUUUUCUAAAUAAUAGAAGAUAAAAAGUAAAUGGGAUAAAUAUUAACAUUAAGUAAAUAAAAGAAAAUAUAUAUUUUCAAUACAUAUAUAUUUAUUUAUGAUCAUAAGAAUAAUUUAUACGGUAGAUAAAAAUUAAUUAAGAAAGGCAAAGAGAGAAAUAGGAAUAAAAGGAAUAUUGUCUAAUAUACGCGUAUAUAUGAGAAAUUAUGGGGGCAUAGUGAAAGAAGAAAUACAUGAAAUUUUUGCAUCAAAUCUUGUACAAAUUUUCAAUUAAUAUUUGAUAAAAUUGAUUGAAUAAUAAGAAGAAAGAGUUGGAGUGAAUAAAAAUGACUAAGAUAAAUAAGCAAAUAAUAAACAAGAAAUCAAUACAAAGAAGAUAAAAAGAAAAGAAAUAUUUAUCAACUUAAAAAGGAUGAAUUAUAUUGGUAUUCUGUAUAUUCGUUAUUGCUCGAUUGGUUGACAGUACGUAAAACAAGUAUAAAGUACUGGAUCUACUACGGAUAUAAAGCGUUAGAUGAAAUUUACUUUACCUGUAUUACAGGACAAAUAAUUACUUAAUUUUAUGUUAGAUCACAUAUAUGACGACGAAGAGAAGGACAGAAAAUUUGAGAAUAAAGAUGAGAACAAUAUAAACACGGAUAUUCAAAUUUUAAUACAAAAAUAUAAAUGAAGAAAAACAAAAAUCGUACAUCAAAACAAUGGAUUAACAAUAUUUUGAUAUAAUUUCCUUUUAAUGAAAUGUAUUAAAAAUUGAUAAUCCUUAUAUCUUUUUAUUACUUUGUCAUAAAUAACUCCUAAUCCAUGAAUCAUUACUGUAUAAAAAUUUUACGUUUAUUACGUUUCAUACAUACUUAUAUAACUAUGUAUAAAAUAAAGCGAUAUUUAUUUUUUUAUAAUUAUUUUGUUAUUUGCUGUUAAUAUAAAUAAUGUACUUAUCAUUAUGAUUUCUAUUUCAGUAAUAUUACAUUUUUUCUUAUUCUUUCUAAUGGUGGUAAUAAAAUAACAUCGAAUUGUUGAAUGUAAAUUAAACUUUUUAAAGGCUUAUUCUAAAAAAAUAAUCAGAGAUAAUUUCGAUAUAAGGAAGGCGUGCCUAUACUUUAAUUUGAUUUAGUAGCGAUAACGAUACAAAACAAACAACCUUGGAACUAUUACAAUUGAUAAAAUAAGUGAAUUAUGUAUAAUUUUCUUAACGUCAGCCAAGGAAGAAACAGAGCUUUUUAAUUCAGGUAUUUUUCAUUUUGAAUGCCAGAAAAUAAUAUUAUUACGUCAAAGUAACGAUUAGUAAAACGGAAUAGUGCUUAGUAUGUUUCAUUGGUUUAAAUAAAAUAUGUAUAUGCAAAUCAUCGAAGCAGAUGCACCACAAAGGCGUUCAUGAGAAUAAAACGGAAUGCUAUAAAUACCCUCUGACCUACGUUUUCAGUAUAGAGUGUAGAAAAUAUACGUAUACGUAGAGUCUGUCAAACGAAAUACACAGUUUAUUAUUUGGGAAUGACGACAGAGGAGGCAUUUCCACCGAUCAUUAAGUUCCAGUGCACAUCGAGCUAAAUAUAUUUCCGGGUUUUCGAAACAAAUAUUACAGUAAUAACACUCCAUGAAUAAUAAUAGCAGCAUACUAUUUCUCGAUAGAAUUUUGACUCUCAUACCCAUAUCAAAAAGAUAUCGACUGCCUUGUUAUUCUCAUUACAUCCAUAUCUACGUUGUAAUAUUGGCGAAAAUCCAGUGUUUAAGAAGGUGAAAGAUAUUUUUAGAAAAUUCAUAUAAUUAUCGUAUUGUUAGUUCACGGAACGAAAUGUGUUAGUUACGACGAAAUAGGAAGUCAAAGCAGUUUAGUUUUUACAUAUCUAAAUACUAUAAACUUUGCAUCAUUUUUUAACGUAAAGUAUAUAUAAGAAUGCAAUUUUUUAUAAUCGUAUCAUAAACUUUAAUUUGAAAACAGAGAUGUUAUUAAUAUUUAAAGACACGCUGACGACACGACAGCAUUUCUACGUGCUGCUCGGUCCGGAAACCUCGAAAAAGUGAUCGAAUUCCUCGAUACCGAUUUAGAUAUUAAUACAGCUAAUUCGAAUGGUUUAAAUGCUUUACAUUUAGCAUCGAAAGAUGGCCAUGUUGAAAUAGUAACAGAAUUAUUAAAAAGAGGCGCUAAAGUGGACGCAGCUAC